ACUCAGUACUAUCAGCUGCUGCCACACACAGAGCACACUGACCAACUACCGCCUUUAAUCCAGAUCUCUUUAGAUCUCUUUAGAUUUCCAGAUCCAGAUCUCCAAGGGGCCAGUUUUUUAACAGAUAAUGGGUUAUUUCAUCCUGAAGAUUUGGUUCCGGAUUUCAUAAUCCAAUCGAGCUAUCAUUCAGGAUUAUUUAAAAACGUUAUGUAGAAAUCUUGGAUAAUUUGAUACCAAAUAACAGGAUGAUUUUUAUCCCACUUUGAGAGGUGGAUUCAAACUGCAUUGACAGAGUUGAGAACACACUUUGCACAGAAAUUACAUGAAAGUUUAAAACACGGUAAACAUGUUUUAUAGCAUUUAAAACAUAUUUUUACAGUAUAAUAAAACAAUGAUAACCUUUAUUCAAAUAUUUUGGCAGAAAAGAAACAAUUGUGCAUAAUUUUAUUUUUUGGGUUUAACAGAAAAUCAGCAAGAUCUAUUAGUAAACAUUUAUUUUUACUUUUACAGGUUCACAGUUCCCACUGUCAUUUUCUGUGUUGGUAGGUCCUGAUUCACCCUCUUUAACAGGCAAAAUUCCAUGUAAAGCCUGAGAUUUUAUUCUGCCAAUGAUAUCCAUUAUUGUAUCAGUAAAUUCCACUUGUUUGUAGAGCUUUUUCCCAGUUUGGGGGUGUUUUGCUUUAGAGUUGUCUUUACAGGCUUUCUGCUUUAAGUUUUUCCAUCUUAGUUUGAUCUGUUUGUAGUAAUGUGAAUGUGUAAAUGGUAAUGUAUUUGAGAACCAGUAGGAGGCUCUAGAGGAGAGCUACUGUGAGUGUCUUAGAAGAAGAAAAGCCAGUUGAAGCUGAUAGCUGCCCAGAGAACAAUGUUGUUGUGAGUUCAUGCACUUGGUUAAUUAAAGACAACCUAAAGGUAUGUUUGGUCUGUCUUUUUUGUACUUUUGAUAUCACGGAUAUCACAUCUGGCGACGAGGAAACUGGUGUGUUGAGCAGUGGACAAUAAUUCAGCUCUUUGGACCUUUUUUUUUGGAAGAGGACUCUGCAAGGUUUUUUUUUGCAAGACAUCAGGAGCAUGGCAGCUAUGGUAGGAACUCUCACUCGUUUUGAUAAUGGAAAUCAGUCCUGGGAGGAGUAUUGUGAAGUGUUAUCACAUUUCUUCGAGGCAAAUGAGAUUACAGAUGCUGCUAAGAAACGUGCAAUUCUUCUUAGCUCGGUGGGAAGUCAAGCCUACGGCCUCAUGAGAAACUUGUUAAGUCCUACCAAACCAGGGGAGAAAACUUAUGAUGAGCUGGUGGAACUGCUGAAAGAGCAUUACAACCCCAAGCCAAGUGAGAUAGUACAGCGUUUCAAGUUCAAUUCAAGGAAUAGGAAACCAAAAGAAAGUGUUUCUGAAUAUGUGGCUGUACUUCGUGAACUGGCUCAACACUGCAAUUAUGGAGAUAAGCUGACAGAAAUGUUGAGGGACAGGCUUGUUUGCGGUAUUGAAGAUGAUCGCAUGCAACGUAGAUUGUUAGCGGAGGCUGAGCUAACAUAUGACAAAGCCCUGAAGCUUGCUCAAGCAAUAGAGACUGCUUCUAAAGGACAGAGUAAGUCUCACAGUGUCGUGGCAGACAAGCGGGAGAUGGUGUGCAAGUUCUUUGCAGGAGAGAUGGAAAAGCGCGAGAUGGAAAUCGCUCACGUACUGUUUGCUACCGAUGUGGAGGUGAACACAUGGCGACAGAGUGCCGGUUUGCAAAGGAAAAAUGCCACAAAUGUAAAAAAGUGGGACACAUAAAAAAAAUGUGCAGAGCAAAGUUACCUGUCGAUCACUCCAGGCCUGCAGGGGGAGGGAAGAAAAGGGUCCAAAUUUAUUAGGGCGUGGGUGGAUCAGAGAACUGGCUGUAGACUG